UUCUUCCUUAUAUCUGAUCACUCUAAAGACUGAUAAUGAAUGUUGCUAGCACCGAAACAAAAAAAUGUCAGUUAACUUUGUAUUGCUAAUAGUCUUUACUAUACAUGAAGGCAAAAGUUUGGAAGGUUUGAAUGUAUGUGAAGACUUUAGAAGCAAAACAGAGUAUUGCUGUGCAGGUUAUGAAGACAAACAUGGUAUAUGUAUAGAGUGCAACAUUGGUUUUACAUCUAUAAACGGAAACCCAUGCACCCCAUGUGGAAACAACAGAUUCGGUGAAAGAUGUCUGGCUCGUUGUAACUGUCAAAGUGUAGAGAGGUGUGAUAAUGUAGUUGGGUGUGUACCAAAAAAAGAAGUCAGGGAAGACGUUUUUUAUACUACUAAAACAUUAGAAAGAGGCUUUCCCGGAACAAUCAGAGAAGACACUCCUUUGCCUACUCAAAUGAAGGAGAACAGUCUUUCUUUAGCAGUGACGGAAAGUGUUGCUGCAACUACAAAGGACAAAAGCCUUCCCGUGACAGCCAAGGAUAAUGCCAUUGCUUAUACUUUGUCAGGCAAGCAAUUUAUGAUUCAACAGUGA